UCCAAACUACCCAGUUUAUAAAUUUUUCUACAAGUUGGGGCUCCAAGGCCGUAUCCAGCACACUACAUGGACACGGCAAUACAGACCUACAGAGAUGUGUCCAAGAACAUGAUCCUAGCUGAACGUUGUGCUCUGCUCAGUGCUGAGGUACUAAAGAGUCAGGCCAAGUACUCUGACGCUGCUACCCUCCUCAUCAAGAUGACCAGUGAGGACUCUGACCUGCGUUCUACCCUCCUAUUGGAGCAGGCAGCCCACUGUUUCAUUAACAUGCGUAACCCCAUGGUCAGGAAGUUUGCCUUCCACAUGAUCCUGGCAGGACACCGCUUCAGCAAGGCAGGGCAGAAGCGCCAUGCGUUGCGGUGUUACUGCCAGGCCAUGCAGGUGUAUAAGGGUAAAGGCUGGUCCCUGGCUGAGGACCAUAUCAACUUCACUAUUGGCCGCCAGUCCUUCACCCUGCGCCAACCAGAGAACGCUGUCACAGCCUUCAGACACAUCCUCACCAAUGACAGCCAGCAGACCUCCACACAGCAGGGAGCCUUCCUCCGGGAAUACCUCUACAUCUACAAGAAUGUUACGGGGGCAUGUGAGGUGGCGCUACCCCAGCUGCCCCUACCCUGCAUCAACAGCUCUGCCACCAGGGUCUACUUCGGCCAUGAACGCCGCCUGGCAGAGGGUGAGAAGCAGGCAGCCACCCACGUGUCCUUGGACCAGGAGUUUGACCGGGACCUAGCUGCCAUGUGGCAGGACCUCGAGGAACAGGUGGUUGCCGCCGCAAAACGUGGGGUCGUUCCAGCAACGUUUCAACCCACCCAGUGCUGCCUGAACAGUCAGACGGACAACCUCCGCUUCCCACUUGCUGUUGUGGAGGAACCCAUCGUAGUUGAGGUGGUGUUCCGGAACCCUCUGAAGUUUCCACUGGUUCUCUCUGACCUCUCGCUGCUCUGGAAGUUCACACUCAAAGACUUCAAUCGACCGCAACCGCAGGAAGACUCGGUCGGAGAUGCUGUGGCCAUCAGCAACGAGAAGGAGGCCAGCGUUCCCAGGACCCCACAGAAAGAUGACGUCAUUGCCACAGAAGUCAUCCCAGAGUUCUACCUGAGCCCUGAGGAGACAAAAUUGGCUCGUCUGAAGCUGCUGCCCCACCAGACAGGUCAGCUCAACAUCCUGGGUCUAGUCUAUAACCUGGCCUCUACCUCCUCUACUGGAGACACUACUAUCAACAGCACCGCAGCCUCACAGAGCGAAGGUCCCUCAGCGGCAGAGGGGACAUCAGUUCGUGGUCGACAGGACCUAGAGAUCCAGGGACCGCGGUUGAACCAGACCAAAGAGGAGAAGACCUCAGUUAGCCACGGUCCUGACCGACGUCUUGACCCCACCAUCACUCCUCCCAUGCCCCUGCUAGAGGUAUUCUUCCUCCAGUUCCCUACUGCCCUGCUAUGUGGUGAGAUCAGGAAGGCUUACGUAGAGUUCUGUAACGUGAAUCGCGUUACCCUGUGUGGUCUGCGGGUGGCGUCCACGCACCCAGACUUCUUUACCUUUGGAAGCUCCUCCUUAGCCACACCUCUCACCCCCCUCAGCCCCACCUCUUUUGAAAACUGCUCCGCCUACAAGACCCUGGCCACACCCCCUGGCGCCACACCCGGGUCCGUUGCCGCGGUGACACUGGUUUCAGAGCGGGACUUUGGAUCAGGGAUAGGGUUGAGGGGAGGAGGAGUGUCCGGCACGGGGGGUAAAGGGAUAACGGAGAUCCCUCUAGGAGAGGGGACACUAAAGCCUGGAGAAUCUACCCAGCUGCCCCUGUGGCUGAGAGGACCAGACCAAGAAGGAGUCCACGAGAUCCACUUCCUGUUCUACUACGAGAGCGCUGAGCAGGGAGGCAAGAUCAGUCACAGGGUGUUGCGUCACACAGUAUUUAUUUGUGCCAGUCGUUCGCUGUCUGUUCGGGCCACAGCUUGCCGUAGUAACACACUGCCUGAGGAGGAGGAGGAGAGGAACGGCAGCAUGCUGGUCUUUGUUGACGUGGAGAACAUCAACUCGAGCGAGGCUGGGGUGCGUGAGUUUCACAUUGCACAAGUCUCUAGCAGCAGUAAACAGUGGUGACUACACAAGUGUAUAAACACAGCAGAAGACAAAGACUGCAAACUCACCAGCAGAGAGAGAGGAAAGCUGUGCUUCAGAGCAACACGAUGCAAACCCCUGCAAGUUCCUUUGAAGGCAGUAGAGAAAUACACAUUUGCAGACCUGAGCCUUGGGAAUGAACUGGUAUGUGGAGAAAACACAUUGUUAUCUGU